AUGGGCUCAAUAGUACAUUCAACAGAUUCCAUCAUCGCCAUCCUUGAUGGAGUUCAUCCACAUCAAUUCGGUGGCGAUGAAGUAGAGCGUCUACGAGUUCGCGCAGCUGCCCGUCGUCUCUUAGCAAGAGUCGAAUCGCCAUACGAACGGGCUUGGGGUUUCUGUUUUGAGCAUCCCGCUGUCUUUGCUGCUCUACAGACUUGUAUCGAUCUGGGUAUCUGGGAAACUUGGACCGAUGUUGGUGGUGGCAAGAAGACCAUUAAUGAUUUGGUGGCCAUGUCAGGUCGAGAUGUCGAUACUAAUCUACUGCGACGGCUGUUUCGCUUGCUAGCAGCCUUUAAUGUUGUUGAGGAGACAGACCAAGACACGUUCAAGCCAACGCCAUUCUCAUACGCCAUAGGCGAUGAAUCCACCAAAGUCCGAGCAUCACUGGAAGCAGCAAGCCAGCAUUACAUCGCAGCCGGCCAAAGCCUCCCCAAAUACCUCGCCAAAAUAGGUUACAGGGAACCCAUCUCAGCCGACGACGGCAACUACGCACAAAGCGAUCCAGAAGGUCUCAACUUCUUUGGCAGACUCCAAAAGAGUCCAGAGUAUUAUGAAACCUUUACUGGACACAUGGAGGCUUGGACCGCGUGGAAGACGCCCUGGACCAAGAUAUGCGACAUUGGAAAGUUGAUUGACGGCGCUGACCUGAGCAAACCUUAUGUUGUCGACGUGGGUGGCAACACGGGGAUUGAUAUUUCUCAUGUUCUUGCAGCACUGCCUAACUUACCUGCUGGAGCGUUGAUUCUGCAGGACCUCCCUGAGAUUAUUCAAAAGGUUGAUGUUGAUCACAAGAUUACGGCGCAGGUUCAUGACUUUUUCAAGCCUCAAAAUGUAAUAGGGAGCCGUGUAUACUUCAUGCAUGCUGUCUUCCACGACUGGCCUAAUGCUGAAGCCACAAAGAUUCUUCAGCAUACGAAAAACGCCAUGACCAAGGGCUACUCGAAGCUUUUCAUAUAUGAUAUCGUGCUGCCGCCAAAAGGAGCAAGUAUCAGUCAGGCUACCAUGGAUGUUCAGAUGAUGUCUCUGCUGUCAUCUUCGGAGCGGACCAAGAGUCAGUGGGAGCAUCUGUUGGAGGGCGCUGGGUUUCACAUUGUCAAGUUUUGGCCAGAUCCGCAACAAUAUGAGAUGUUGAUUGAGGCUGAGAUUUCUUAA